AGUUGAAGCAGGAUGAGUGCGAUCAAUUAUGGAUAUGUUGAGGAGGAGUUCUCGAACCGUCUGGCGGAGUGCACAUUUGAAGGGAAAUGGGAUGAGGUUGAGGAGAUGUACAAUGAAAACCCAGCGUGUCACACGGCAAUGAUUGACGAUUCCGUCGGCACUGCACUGCACGUGGCCGUGGAUUUGGACAAAGAAGAGGUGGUUGAAAAGCUUGUGAAAGCCAUUAUCAGACACAACACGAUGAAGGCUCUGAAAAUGAGGAACGAUCGAGGGGAUACCGCUCUGCAUGUUGCUGCUUCCAGGGAUUUCACAAAGAUAUGUCAGAUCAUCGUAGGAAAGAAUCCGGAGGAUAGGACUUAUUUAGUGGAAUGCAAGAACAAAGAUGGAGAGACUCCUCUCUUUCAAGCCGCUCUCAACGGGAAGAAACAGACCUUUGCUUAUCUUUCUAAACUUUUUGACCACAGCGCUCGCUGGCAAUAUCUUGUGCGAGAGAACGGUGACAGUAUUCUUCACUGUGCUAUCAGGAGAGAGUAUUUCGAUUUGGCUGUGAUAAUAGUGCAUUACUAUGAUUUUCUUAGCACACAUUUGAAUAAAGAGGGAUUCACACCUCUUAAAGUCCUUGCAACCAGGCCCUCGGCUUUCAGAAGUGCUACCAAACUUUCAUGGUGGAAGCAAAUCCUGUACCACUGUAUCCUUGUGGAACCAGUGAAGCCUGAAAGACAAAUGAACAAGAUUUUGAAAAAGAUGGAGAAGAAAUCAAAUGACUCAAAAUUUAGUUAUCCAGAGAACUAUACCACAUUAUGUGAAUUCAUUGCUGGAUUCAAAAGUCUUGGUGCUCGAACUGACAACUGUUUUACUCAAAGAAAUCAGCAAGAUUCAGAAAACCCAACAAUUAAGGAGCGUAAAAUCGUAUCUGAAACUGCUGGGGUUGGAUUUUGGCCACCAAAUUAUGAAACCAGUCGACAAUUUCUGAGGUCUGCAUAUGUACAUACUCUUCGUUUCACAGGAGUAGGAUUAAAGGAAAUAAGUAAUAUGAAGAGGAGACACGAAUGGAGUGGUCAACUAUUGAAGGCACUGUUGAAAAGACCUUAUGAAGCAUUCACAGGAUAUGGGGUUCCUCCAGAUAUUCCAGUUGAUGAAGAAAUGUAUAAUGUUUUUAACCAACUUAAAUCAGGUGAAUCAAGAGAGUCAGGGUCGAACGAAGAAGAAAUAGAAAUAGAAGAAGUAAAAAUAGAGGAUAAGGAGAAAAAAUCUUCGAGCCCAAGUGACAGUAUUGACAAAACGGAGACAGCAUUCCUGGUUGCGGCAAGAACUAUGGUGAAUGAACUUUUAGAGCGAAUUCCAAGUGUGAUCCAUAACUUGAAUGCAAAGAAAGAAAAAGAAAAAAAGGAAAUUUCAAGGGCAAGUGACAGUAUUGACAAAACGGAGACAGCAUUCCUGGUUGCGGCAAGAAAUGGCAUAAUUGAAAUGGUGAAUGAACUUUUAGACCAAAUUCCAAGUGUGAUCCAUAACUUGAAUGCAAACAAAGAGAACGUGCUGCUGGUGGCAGUGAUGAAUAGGCAACCCUUUGUUAUUAAGAAAUUGAAAAUGAAGGUAAAAGGAGAAGUUUGGAAUAAUUUAACUCUGGCAAUAGAUAAAAAUGAGAGGACCAUAUUGCACUGGGCAGCAGAUGCUCCAGGAGACGACAAGCAUACAAAGAUAGCUGGUUCUGCCUUGCAAAUGAUGUGGGAUAUAAAGUGGUUUCGGUAUAUUGAAAGCCUCGUACCAGAACACUUUUACUUAAGAAGCGACACAGUGGGCGAAACUGCAGAGGAAAUAUUUGAGGAUAAACACAAAGUUCUCAUUGAGAAAAGUAGCGAGUGGCUGAAGGACACAUCUGAGUCUUGCUCUGUUGUGGCUGCACUUGUUGCUGGUGUUUCCUUUGCUACGGCCACCACCAUUCCCGGUAAUACUGACCAAGAAGGUAGGCCUAAUUUAGAAGGCGAACCUGUAUUCGAUGUAUUUGCUGUUUCUUCACUUGUUGGACUUUGCUCCUCUGUCACCGGGCUCAUAAUGUUCCUUACCAUCCUCACUUCUCGAAAGCAAUCCAAAGAUUUUCGCAGAGAUUUGCCAUUCAAACUUCUUCUAGGCCUCAGUUCUCUUUUUGUAUCCAUUGCUGCAAUGUUUGUCUCUUUCUGCUCCGGUCAUUACUUUCUGCUUAGUCACACAUACAGGACGGUUCUAUACCCCCUUUAUGCAGUCACUGUUUUUCCACUCAUGUUCUAUGCCGUGUCGCAGUUUCCACUAUACUUUGAUCUUAUAAUAGCCAUUUUAUCUCAGGUGCCAUGGGCAACUAAUAGAGGAGACAAGCUAUAGCACCUAUGCUACUACAUGUCAUUGUUUGUGCUGUACUGGUUCAUCAUUCAUGCAGCCAUUCAAAUCAAUUUCCCUUUUUCAGUUAAGUUUUGUGUUUUGUCUGUGAUUUUGAGCUUGUUUUCUUGGUGUGAAUAAUCAUGUAUUUUUUUGAGCUAUGAAAAAUAGCCUUUGAAUUGUAGCAAAUUUGUGGUUGUUGCUUGUAAAGUUGCGAU